GGAUGUGCUCUCCCACAUUUGUUUUCACUGCUCUGACGUCAGAAACCUGCAACUGAACGAAUGAACUAACGGAGCACUGAGCCCCUACCGGAGCUACCGGGAGGCAGUAGUGUUACAGAGCGAGUCCCCGCCGCCGCCCGCCCCGGAGGAGCCAAACGGAAGAACCGAGCAAUGCGCACCGCCGCCCAGUAACGCAGAAUAGACGAGUGGAGAAGAAGAAGAAGAAGAAGAAGAAGGGAACCGUUAUCGUGAUUUACUAACGGAGGAAAAAAGAGAAAAGAAAGACACGGAUAAAGGACGGACCAGCUCCGAGACCACGCGUGAGAAGCGACCAGCUGCGGAGGCUAUAUCGUCUCGGUGUUGCGCUGUGGAUCAAACCGAGCGGAUCCCUGAUUUCAAUGCUUUAACGGUGCUUCUACCCGGCUGCCCAGAAAGAAACAGGGAUCGUAGAGGGAUCGAAGCCUGAGCAGAGAAAAGGGGGGCAAUAAACCAGCGAAGGAAAGAAAAAGGAUUUGCAAUUGAAGUUUCAUUCAUUCGUCUAAUUAUUGCGCUUUCUUCCGUGGAUCCCGGUACCGAUACUCUAUCAAGCUGUGUUCUCUGACCAUGGGAUGUACUCUGAGCGCAGAGGAGAGGGCGGCUCUGGAUCGGAGCAAAGCCAUCGAGAAAAACCUGAAGGAGGACGGCCUCACCGCGGCCAAAGAUGUUAAACUGCUGCUGCUCGGGGCCGGAGAGUCAGGGAAAAGCACCAUCGUCAAACAGAUGAAGAUCAUCCACGAGGACGGUUUCUCCGGCGAUGACGUAAAGCAGUACAAGCCCGUUGUUUACAGCAACACCAUCCAAUCUUUGGCCGCCAUCGUCCGCGCCAUGGACACGCUGGGCCUGGAGUACGGAGACAAAGAGCGCAAGGCGGAUGCUAAGAUGGUGUGCGAUGUGGUCAGUCGUAUGGAGGACACGGAGCCUUACUCUGCUGAGCUGCUCUCCGCCAUGAUGCGUCUGUGGUCUGACUCGGGCAUCCAGGAGUGCUUCAGUCGCGCACGAGAGUACCAGCUCAACGAUUCAGCGCAGUACUAUCUAGACAGCCUAGAUCGAAUUGGUGCGGCGGACUACCAGCCCACAGAGCAGGACAUCCUGAGGACCCGAGUGAAGACCACAGGCAUCGUCGAGACACACUUUACCUUCAAAAACCUUCAUUUCAGGCUGUUUGAUGUGGGAGGUCAAAGGUCAGAGAGGAAGAAGUGGAUUCAUUGUUUUGAGGAUGUCACAGCCAUUAUUUUCUGUGUGGCGCUCAGCGGAUAUGACCAGGUGCUGCAUGAGGACGAGACCACGAACCGCAUGCACGAGUCUCUCAAGCUGUUCGAUUCCAUCUGUAACAACAAGUGGUUUCAGGAAACCUCCAUCAUCCUCUUCCUGAACAAGAAGGACCUCUUUGAAAGCAAGAUCAGCAAGUCACCGCUGUCCAUCUGCUUCCCUGAGUACACUGGACCCAACACCUACGAGGAUGCAGCAGCUUACAUCCAAGCACAGUUCGAGAGUAAGAAUCGCUCUCCAAAUAAGGAAAUCUACUGUCACAUGACCUGCGCCACAGAUACAGGGAACAUCCAGGUUGUGUUUGACGCCGUGACCGAUAUUAUCAUCGCCAACAACCUCCGAGGGUGUGGCUUGUACUGAGCACGCCUACCGACCCUGUUAUUUCCUCCCCCCUCUGUCCCUUCCUCUGUCCUCCCACCUCCUCAUUCCUCUUCCUUUGACACUGCUGUGGAAAUGAUGAUGGCGAUGAUGACGAUGCUGAUUACUUAAAGAAAAAACGAAAGAAAAAUGAAACUAGGUACAUAUUAAUAAUGAGGAUAAUUUUAAAAAAAUAGGCAUACAUAUAUAUAUAUAUUAUAUAUAUAUACCGUUUUUAGUUCUUGUCUGCUCUCUUCUUGCUCCGACUCUUCCUGACGUUCUUGAGCUUGCUGCCAAGCAAACAAAUUUGUUUUAGUAGAAAACACGAAACCCUGCAGCCUUGAAAACUUUGUGAACAAAGUCGAUGAAAGCCUCCGUUCCCCGUUUCCUUUCUUUUACGUUGUCUUUUGUUGUUAACCCAAACCUGUACGUUUUUUAUGACUCUUGUUUUUGUUGAUCAUAUGUAUAUUUAUUGCAAGUAUCAGUCUGUACACUGAUGUUUAUUCACGUUUUGCCUCACCUGACACCCCUGUGUGUGUGUGUGUGUGUGUGUGUGUGUGUGUGUGUGUGUGUGUGUGUGUGUGUGUGUGUGUGUGUGUGUAUUACUUUGUCCUUCUUUUUUGCUGUAGUAGUGAUUAUGUAAUAACAGUUUUUGCAGAAUUAUGUGAAAAUGUACUAAGAAGCACUAGACGGGUCAGCCAAAACUCUCAAGACCUGCUAAAACUGACGAUGCUGAUUUUAAUGUUAGUGUUUUGUUUACAUUAAGUGGUUUUUGUUGUUGUUUUUGUUGUCAGUCACUUUUUUGGGGAUCGUUUUACUCAAGGUGUGGUUUUCAUCGACAGGAUGUAAGGCUUCCUGUUUCCAGGCCUAAGCCACUAGCAAACCGUCGGCCACGGCCGGGUGUGGGAGCCAAUAGGAAAUGUGCUAACAGUCCUAUCAGUGCCAUGUAACAAAGGUACUGCACUGUAGAUAGCUGUGCUUAUAGAAGCAACUACACAAUGUUAUGAUUAAAACUUUCUCACUGUUAUAACCUCUAGAUCUGCUAACAUUCUCCGUGUAAGAAAACUCACCCAUGGUUUGAUAAUGGUCGAUUAAUUUAUUAAUUUAUUUAUUGAUUGAUCACCUUUCUUCACACACCUGUCUGUUUUCUCUCUCUCUCUCGUCAUGCCACACCUUUACUUCUCUCAUCUUCUUCCAUCUCUUUCUUUUUUGGCUUAUUUUUGCAAAGUUAAAGGGCGCUCCUUCUUUUUUUGCCAACCCAUCUCCCCGUCCUCCUCCUUUUCCCUCUAAAGCCCAGAUAGCAUGUGAUACUCAAGCCUUUGUAUAAAGAGAUCAGUUAAUUCAUACAACUUAUAGACAAAAAAAAGUACACACAAAUAAUGCUCAGAUAACUUUAAAAAAAGAAAAAAAAGUAAAAGUAAAAAAACAAACAGAAAAAUACAGAAACAAACAAACUGAGAAGAUUGUUGGUUUCUGGGACACGGCAGAGGCAAAUAUAUAUAUAUAUAUAUAUAUAUAUAUAUAUAUAUAUAUAUAUAUAUAUCGAAAAAAAGUGACAAUUUAAGUUUCCAAGGAUUGACAACAGAAAGGUUCAGAGUACAGCGACGUGUUAAAGUGAGCUGAAAAAGGACAAAAAUGUACUCUGAUUACUACAAUAAUAAAGACCCCAGUGAACAUUACCACAGUACCGCCAACGACCUUCCUAAUGAUCCUGUUAAUAUUCCAAAAACUUUUCUCGUGCUUUGUAGCUACAGAGUAUCUCUUUCUCUAUAUCUCCCUUUUUUAAAUGUAAAAGAUGUUUUGCAAAGCGAGCUGAUCCGUGAAGAUCUCAGACCGACCCCGCCGUCUUGUUAUAAUGCUCUGAACUGUGCCCCGCCCCUUCUCCUUUUACCGUUUUGCCUGUUUCCCUGCAUUAGAUCCGUGUCCUCACUUUAGCCUGACUCAGAACAAUUAAAUAUAAUAUUAUAACAAUAUCUAUUUUUUAUUAUUUCAGAAGAAAAAAAACAAACAAACACUUUUGGGGGAGAGCACGUUUCUCGCUGCGUCCGCUAGUUAGGGACGCCGCAUGUUCACACAUCUACGCUGUAUAAAGUCAUGCUCUUUUCUUCUUCUUCUCUGUCUCUUUUCAGUUUAACCCACUCCUUCCAGGUCUACAAUGAAAAGCACAGUUUCUCACAUGCACACUUGCUCGCACUCACACACACACACAAUAAGUAGAUCUGUUAUCUCUUCAUGUGUUAGCCCUCGUCCAUCUCUCUAUAUUGACUUCUUGAUUUCUAGUUUUUAAAAAAGAAAACAACCGUGUAUAAUGACAUGAGAAAGCAUUUUUUCCUCUCAUUUUGUUCCCGUUUCCGUCAUAUUUUUUAUGUUUUGUUCUUUACCCAGUGAAUGCUUUUUUCUGUGCAGCUUUCUCUCUCUCUCUCUCUCUCUCUCUCUCUCUCUCUCCCUCUACUCUUCUUUAGUGAAUGGUUGUUAUUUCAUGUGGGAUGUCCGUGCUGGAAAAACCAAUCGAAUGUAGUGUUUACAUUAAAAAGCCACUGUUUUCAUGACUACGAAAAAA